AUGAGCGAUGAAUCAUGCAGUUUUCAGCGCUUAAACAGUGAUAGAACGCAAGUCAGGUGGAGGAAUCGAGACUGGAAAUUGGAUGGAGAAGCGAAAUAUGAAAACAACGCUGCUUGUUUGAAAUUACUCACUGCAAGGCGCCGUCAUUCGGUUCGAAACGCGCCUCCGGUUGUAACGAAGAACGCUCUUGAAUACCGUAAAACGCGAGUGCGGAACCUGGUGGUUUGUUUGUUGCUGCUUUUUGGAUUUUUUAAAGUUUCUGGUGAAUUUGUAAUGAAGCCGAACGACCGCUUUAUCUACACCCCCACAUGUCUGCCUAUCGAAAGACGAAUGUCGCAUUUAUCAAUAUCGUCGUCUCGAAAUACCGAGAAUACUGCCCCAUCUUCAGACAUCGCCAUGGAGAGACUUUCGCACAAAUACGACUCUUAUCAAGAUUUUUUGCAUAGGAACCAGCUCAGACGACGCCUUUCGUCCACAGGAGAAAACAGUGGAGACUCAAGUACAACAGCGUCGGGCAGCAGCUAUGGUGAACACGAUGGGAGCGAAGGAAGAGCAGACAGUGAAGCCUCCUCUGAUACACAAGAUCCGAAGCUUUUGGAUGGUCACAUUAGCGAACUGGAACGGCAGAAAGUCGAAGCCUUUUUUCGGGGACUUAAAACACAGGUAUUUGUUAGUAAUUCUCUAGCAAACUUGUACACAAAAGGACCAAGCGACCAAGACUGGCAGUUGAAAUACACCGGAAUUCCAGUUGUUAUUUUGGACUGUGGCGAAUCUCGAGCCAGAGAUAAGCGACGAAUUCAGAUCGCUUUGGCUGAAAGAGGCACCUGUUUCAUGCUGUGGUCGGACACAAUAGAUAAUUUAUCUUCGUAUCAAGUGGACGGCGGCUCUUUUCACACAAUGCGAUACUCUAGCGACCACACGAUCCAAGCCGGGUUCAGUUUCGACACAAAACCAGCAGCCGAAGAGAUGUGGAACCACAUAGAAAAGCUAGUGGCCUGUCCGGAGAACAUAUCAUUAAGCACUCCGGGCAAAAAGAAGAAAAAGGAAAAAAAGGAGAAAAAGCCGCUGCCGUUGCCUUCAAAGAGCCACAUUUCCCAGCCCUGCUGCUUCCAACACAUCACUUCAGUGGAUAAGGAAGAUACGGAGCGAUAUUAUUCCUUGAAGGAGCUUUUGCCCAGGUCUGGCUCUCUCAACCCGAGAAUAUUGGAUGGCUCUUAAACGGGGAAAGCAGCUUGGAGUCACUAGGCAGGAUUUUGUACAUAUCGACUGAAGAAAUUAGAUUUACCACUAUGCUAGCAUUAAAAUGCCAUAUAUUAUGCAGUAACUGUAAUGUAUCAAUGGAUCUUUUCUAAAUUAUACAUUUUUAGUUUAUUUUUAUAGUGUAGUUUAUGUAGGUUUAUUGUGCACUUAACGGAUAAUAAAACAAAUACAUUUUGAAAA